AUGCGACUACGACCGACGGCUCUGCGGAGCUGGGCGGCUCGUGCUAGGCUGCCGGCGACGACCCGAUGCUUCGCGACAGACCUCGAGCCCGAGAAGGAGAGGCCGAAAGUCGCGCGGCAGAGCAACGAGACGAAGCUGGGGAGGUCCUUCCAGGGCCAGGUCAUGGGAAGCAUCGGCGCACGUCUGAGGAGGGAGAGGGAGCAGCGGGAGCAGUACGAGCGGUGGCGUGACAUGACGGAUCCGUCGAGGAACUGGAUGAUUACAUUUCUCUUCCUCUCCAGCGCGGGCAUCGCCUACUACCUCGGCACCUUUUGGCCGCGCGAGCCGGACACGUCCUCGACCCAGCCGCUCUCGAAGGCGCGUGCCCCCAAGCACAACACGAAGCUCGAGAAUAUGCAGGCCGCCUGGGCCGACUUUGUCAAGAUUGUCGGCGAGGACAACGUGAGCACGCUCGCGACGGAUAUCGACCACCACUCGACCUCGACGUGGUCGACGCACCAGCCCAAGGCGGACGAGAAGCCGUUUUGCGUCGUCUACCCUGCCUCGACCGAGGAGGUGUCGGAGCUCAUGAAGAUUUGCCACGGGCGAAGGAUCCCCGUCGUCGGCUACAGCGGCGGCACGAGCCUCGAGGGCCACUACACGCAGACGAGAAAGGGCGUCUCCGUCAACUUUGGCCGCAUGAACAAGGUGCUGGCCCUGCACAAGGAGGACCUCGACGUCGUCGUCCAGCCGGCCGUCGGGUGGGAGGCCCUCAACGACGACCUCGCCAAGGAAGGCCUCUUCUUCCCACCCGAUCCGGGGCCGGGCGCCAUGAUCGGCGGCAUGGUCGGCACUGGAUGCAGCGGCACCAACGCCUACCGGUACGGCACCAUGCGGGAAUGGGUCCUCAGCUUGACCGUCGUCAUGGCCGACGGCACCGUCAUCAAGACGCGUCAGCGCCCCCGAAAGAGCUCCGCCGGCUACGAUCUUACCAAGCUCUUCGUCGGCUCCGAGGGCACCCUCGGCCUUGUCACCGAAGCGGUCCUCAAGGUCACGGUCAAGCCGGCCUUUACAAACGUCGCCGUCUGCGCCUUUCCCUCGAUCCGCGACGCCGCCAGCUGCGUCGGCAAGGUCGUCGGCGCCGGCGUGCCUGUGGCCGCCGUCGAACUCCUCGACGACAGCCAGAUGAAAUACAUCAACGCCGCAGGCAUGACUUCGCGAUCCUGGAGCGAAUCUCCGACAUUGUUCUUCAAGUUUGCCGGCACCCCGGCCGGCGUCAAGGAGCAGAUUGCCCAGGUGCAAGGGCUCGCCAGGCAGGCCGGCAGCGAGUCGUUUGCCUUUGCCAAGAGCCAGGAGGAGCAGGACGAGCUGUGGAGCGCGCGCAAGGAGGCCCUGUGGAGCACCAUGGCGGCCGGCAGGGAGGGCGACAGAGUCUGGACGGGGGACGCCGCCGUGCCGAUGAGCAGGCUGCCGCAACUGAUUGAGGAGACGAAGGAGGAUAUCCGCAAGAGCGGCCUAUGCGGCUCCAUCGUCGGCCACGUUGGCGACGGCAACUUUCACACCAUCAUCCUGUACAGCGAGGUCCAGCGGCAAAAGGCGGAAAAGGUGGUCCAUCGGAUGGUCAAGAGGGCCAUCGAGAUGGAGGGCACGGUGACGGUAAGUGUGACGGAUCCGGCCUUUUCGAUGGCAAGGAGUGCCUUGAUACUGACAGAGGACGACUACAAGGGCGAGCACGGCGUCGGUUUGGUCAAGAGAGACUAUCUGCCCCACGAGCUGGGCGAGACGACGGUGGACGCGAUGCGCCAGAUCAAGAAAGCGUUUGACCCGCUGUGCUUGCUCAACUGCGACAAGGUCGUUCGGGUCCAAAAACCAAAACGGGGCGAGGUCGAGGAGUGGUAG